AUGCAGUCAUUUUAUUAAAUGAGUCCAAAAUCAACACCUAAGAAUAGAUAACAAUUUUAAACCUGUUUUGACUAUAAUGAAUCACCAUUUUUAAGUCCUAAGGGAGAAUCACUUGAAUAACCAAAAUAUAAAGUGAGAAGCUUAAAACCUAAAACGAUACUUGAAGGUGAUCUUGCAAGAGUGAGUAAAUCUAGAAAUGUACUUUCUACAAAUAAUAAUGAAUGUGUAAAAUGUAAAAAUGAAAAAGGGAGUUUAGCAAUCAAAUUAUGCCAUUGCUUAAAUAUACAUUAUCAUAUAAUUUGUAUCUUAGAUUAUGCUCAUCUUUAUCCUAAAUUAGGCCUUAAUUUAUUUAGAUGUUAAUUUUGUAAUGAUUACUUUCCAAUAUAAAUAAAUGAAAAGUAUAAUAUUUAUAAACUAUCAGACUGAGCAUAUCGAAUUUAAGCAGAAAAGAAAAGUUUGUGUUUUUAAUGAGUUUGUCUUUGUUGUUUUCACUUAUUACACUAGAAAUUGUAGCAUUAAUUAUUCUAGAAAUAGAUCAAAUAUAUCUAAUUUUAUUAAUAAUACUUAUAAUUAUUGAAUUAUUAGUGUUAUUAAUAAUUGUCAGUAAAUUUUAUCAUUUAUGUUACUUAAUUGAAUACGAUAUAAAAGAAUAUAAACUUGGAAAAGAAUAUGAUCAAUCUUAAUUAGAAUCGUUUACUCUUAAAGUAGUGAAAUAGUUGUAGUAUAAAAGAGCUAAGAGAGUAAUACUUGAUUAAGAUUUAUGA